UAAAGUAGUUCUCUUAUAAAAGACUCUCCCAACAUAAACUCAUUCAUUGCCUAUUUGCCUUCUUGGGGAUACAUAAACAACACAUCUUUUUGCUUGCAACUUCUAUUCAGAACCUGAGGUGCCAUACACAGAAGCAGGAUAUAAUUGAAUUGGAAACAUGGGUCUGCUCGGAAAAAGCUUCACUUCCAAAUUCAGAAGCAUCACAACUCUUGCUAUUUCAAGGAUUGCCAUCUUGAUGAACCAGCAUAAGGCUCGAGCCUCACAUGCUAGAUCUGAUGUUGCUCAAUUCUUGAACCUCGGUUACCAGGAUCGUGCUCUUCUUCGUGUGGAGCAAUGGAUAGCAGAGCAAAACAUGUUGGAUGCAUUUGGCAUGAUAGCAAGCUAUUGCCACUUCCUCAGAGAAAGAGCUGAAGUACUUGAAAAUAACAGGGAGUGCCCUUUUGAGCUCAAGGAAGCAACAUCAAGCCUUAUCUUUGCAUCCUCAAGGUGUGGAGAAUUUCCAGAGCUGCACAAGAUACGAGAGAUUUUGACAUCAAAAUUUGGGAAAGCAUUUGCUGAUCAUGCUGUUGAGUUGCGCAAGAAUAAUGGAGUUAACUCUAAGAUCAUACAAAAACUUUCACCAAGACGUCUAGACAUGGAAAUCAAAAUGAAAGCGCUGAAGGAAAUUGCUACAGAAAUUGGAGUCACCUUGCAUUUGGAGCAGAGCCCUUCACAAAUAAGUGUGGACAAAUUAGAAGUUGAACGGAGACAAGAUGAAGUGGGAACCAGUAAAUGGAGCAGUGUUGAUGAUCCUAAACAUGAAGCAAACAUCCAACAUGAUCCUGAAAAUUUAAUCCAGGAUAAGGAUUUAUCUGACAGAGUUGCAUCCGGCAAGGUGCAUGUGCAUCCCAAGGGAUGCUGUAGUUCUAAGCAAGAGGAUGUAGUCAUUUCCAAAAGCAGCCGUGGUAUUGAUCUUAAACAUUUGGAAUGGACAGAAAUUAAAAAACAACUUGCAUUAUGGCAAGAAGAAUCUCAUUUAGAGUUAGUUUCCAAGGAACACUUGGAGCAAGAUACAAAUAGAGAGAGCAUCAUAUGAUAGCAAAACAGAUAGCAUCAUGAACAUGUGGAUUGGAAGAUGAUGUCAAUGAGAACCAAAUGAGCACAAAGACAAACAAAAAGGAAUGUACAUUGUAGACAGUUCCAAUUAAUAAAAAAAAUCCCUUUCCUAUGGUU